ACAGACACUGGGAGUUUGACACACACACACACAGUAGUAGUACUAGUAGUAUAGUAGACAAUAGUGUCAUAUAUAUUAAAAAAAAAAUUUAUGCCACAAAAUCGGGUUUAAACACCAACACCAAUACCAACAACAACAACAACAACACCAACGAUAAUGUUUCAAUUGUUUGGUAGUCUUAAACAGUUUCUCAAACCGAGCUCAUGUACUACUGAUAAUAAAAUAUUUCGAUUGCACUACAAGGCAACGGUACUCAUACUAGUGGGAUGUAGUCUUAUGGUAACCGCCCGCCAGUACUUCGGCGAUCCAAUCGAUUGUAUCUCAAGAGAUGAUAUACCACCCAAUCUUCUGGACACGUACUGUUGGAUUCAUACGACAUUCAGUAUUGAAAAUGCAUGGAAAAAACGGGUCGGCGAAGAAGUACCGUAUCCGGGAGUGGACAAGACUACACCUAACGAAAAGCGCAUAUAUCACGCCUACUAUCAGUGGGUGUGUUUUGUACUGUUUUUUCAGGCCUUGCUUUUCUAUGUUCCCCGAUAUCUGUGGAAAGCCAUCGAAGGCGGCCGCAUGAAGAACUUGAUCCUCGGCUUAGACUAUCCGAUCUGUAGUGAAGAUGUCAAAGCAAACAAUCGGGCACUUCUUGUUGAAUAUCUAUACAAAAAUCUCAAUCAACACAAUAUGAUGUUUCGGUUUUAUGUCGUCACCGAAUUGCUGAACUUCUUGAACGUUAUACUUCAGAUGAUACUUAUGGACCGAUUUUUGGGCGGCGAGUUUACCAACUAUGGCUGGGAUGUACUUAGUUUUUCCGAAUGGGACUGGUCGGUCAGAUACGAUCCGAUGAUAAAAGUGUUUCCACGGUUAACCAAAUGUACAUUCCAUCGAUACGGUUCCUCUGGUGAUGUCCAGAAACACGACGCCAUGUGUAUACUGCCCAUCAAUAUCAUCAACGAAAAGAUCUACAUAUUCCUAUGGUUUUGGUUCUACUUCUUGGCCAUUGUCACCUUCAUAGCACUGGUCUAUCGUGCGAUAACCAUAUUUGUUCCCCGUGUCCGCUAUCUGGCCACCCAAUCACGUUGUCUGACCAAUCGCGACGCCCUGCAUUCAGUGUGCAAUCAGUGCCAAAUCGGCGAUUGGUUUGUAAUUGAUUUGCUGUCCAAGAACUUGGAUCCCCUGAACUUCAAAGACCUGAUCCUUGAUUUCUAUCGACGAAUGGAAGGCAAAGGAGCUAAUGGUCUAUAAAAACGAAACAAUUUUUUUGUAUGUUUUUUGGUUUUAUUUGUUUAACAACUGAUAUAACAACCCGUAAUGAUUGAGUCCAACGAAUUAUAUGAUUAAUAUUAAUAUUAGGUUUUAAUAAGAGAUACAAUUUUUUAUAUACAUUUUUUUUGUGACAAUUUUAUAUACAAUUUUUUUUU